AUGCACAAAGGUCCCAAUCCUCUGAAGAUCAUCCAGUCCCUGGAGUUCCAGUCCAUACGUCUCAUCUCUGUUCUAGAAAAGGUUAUGUUUGGACGGAACAAGACAAGAGUGACAGAAUUCAUGCUUUUGGGAUUUCAGAAUCCCCAGGUUUCUAAUUCUGUCUUAUUCGUUUUCUUCCUUGUUGUCUACAUCUUAACCCUAGCUGGGAACCUUUUGAUUAUAAUAUUGGUAUCGAAGUUUCAAAGUCUGAACUCUCCCAUGUAUUUCUUCCUUAGCCAGUUAUCAAUAUGUGAUAUCCUCCAUACAACUAACAUAAUCCCUAAAAUGCUUUCGGUUAUAAUCAACGGAGGGAGCUCAAUACUUGUUACCAGUUGCAUCGCACAACUUUAUUUCUACGGUGUUUCGACCGGCUCAGAAUGUCUUCUUCUCACCGUGAUGUCCUACGACCGGUAUUUAGCCAUCUGUAAGCCAUUGCAUUACAAAUCUAUCAUGAGCUUUACUCUUCAACUCCAUUUGGCCAUUUGGUGUUGGGUUUUUCCCCUUUUGGCAAUGGCAUUUCUUGGCUUUCUGAUAUGCAAUUUGCAUUUUUGUGGUCCUCAAAUAAUUGACCAUUAUUUCUGUGAUUUUGGCCCUCUUUUAGAGUUGUCUUGUUCGGAUACAACUAUUGUUGAACUCUCAGACUUUGUUAUUGGGAUACCGUUUACCAUAUUGCCUUUUUUCUUCAUUUUUUUCUCAUAUAUUUUCAUCUUCACCACCAUUUUUGGAAAGUCCUCCACCAGUGGAAAACAGAAAUUCUUCUCCACCUGUAGCUCUCAUUUGACUAUAGUGAGUAUAUACUAUGGAACGCUCAUAACAGUUUACAUGGUCUCUUCCAAAGGACAAUCAUUUAAUGUCAAGAAAGUUAUGUCUCUUCUAUGCAACUCGGGAACCCCAUUUUUCAACCCAAUUAUAUAUAGUUUCAGGAAUCAGGAGAUAAAGUUAGCCCUGAUUAAAUGUGUCCGCAGUACUUAA